AUGCCCCUCGACACAAUUUACCUCGUCCGCCACGGCAACCGCAACAACUGGACCAUCGACCUCGAGAACAACACCUACAUCCCCGAACUCCCAACGCCAACAGGAAACCCUGCGGAUCCGACCCUGAACGCGAGCGGGAUCAAACAGUCGCAUGAGCUUGCAGAGUAUAUCUCCGGUGAGGGGUUCGAGCCGAAGCCGUCCUUUGUGUACUCGAGUCCGUUUUAUCGCUGCGUGCAGACGAUUCAACCGGUUGUUGAGGCGCUUAAUGCGAAGGGUGCGGAGGGGAGAGAUUUGGACGUCAGGGUUGAAAAUGGACUUGGAGAAUGGUUCGGCGGCAUCCCCUUCACCCCACCAGCGCCCUCCACAGCAUCUACCCUCCGUACACACUUCCCAACAUGUCUCCGCGCAGAUCCCGAAAAACACUAUACAUCCUUUGUAACCCCACCGGGCCGCGGCGAAACACUUACCCAACUCCACGACCGCGUCGCUACAGCUUUAUCCGCCAUAAUCGCGUAUGCGGACGCUGAAAUCACCGCAAUGGAAGACAAGCUCCCACCGGAUACUCCACGCACGAGAAAAGCGAUCCUGAUCUCCUCACAUGCGGCGCCGAUGAUUGCUAUGGGUCGGGCAUUGACGGGGCAGAUGCCACAGGACUUCAGUGAGAAGGAUUUCUUUGUUUUCACGGCGGGGUUGAGCACGUUUGUGCGGCGGGGAUCAGGGCCGGGGUCGGCGUUUGAGGGAGGCAACGUGCCUGAUUGGAAGGGUGGGAAGGGGGUUGGAGGCGGGUGGGACUGUGUCAAGAACGGUGACACAAGUUUUCUGAGUGAGGGGGCGGCGAGUGGAUGGCACUUUGACGGCGAGUCGUCAUUUGAUACGUCGACGACGAUGGUGAAGGCGAUCGAUGUGGAUGUGACGGCGACGGUUACGACGGUUGUUAUCGUUUAG